GUGAUUUGCUGGGAUCGAUCUAAGAACAUGAGCUGUCCAUCGGGGGCGUGGUUGGUGCAGGUCCCGACAACCACGGCAGCAUGUUGGGCCUACAGAUCGUUCCUGUGUGAUCCUGUUAAAUUAGAAAUGUGAAGAAACUUAUUGCCGAGAGAGAUUUCAGCAGAGCUCAAAGAUUUGUUUAGAUUGCGUGGAGAAGAGUCAGCGAGUGAGGUUGAAGCAUGCGGCAAAAGGGAGCGUGCGGCCACGACUCGAUGAGCCGAGACAUGGCCCCAUCGCAUUCUUAUACUAUUUCUCGCCACCCCGCAAGCCUUUUGCUGAGGCCGACGACAGCAUCCUAUGAAGAGAAAACGAGAACAGAGCAGCGGUAGGAAGUAGCAAGGAAGUUUCCAAGGAGGAGGAGGAGGAGCACUUAAAGUUUUCCGGCUUCUUUCUUCUUCCUUCCUUCUUUCCAUGAGGAAGCUGUGGCCCAACCUGGACCGGGAAGAUGGACUGGACACCGUCCUGGAGGUGCCAAUCCCGGAGGAGAUGUUCCUGUCCGGCGACAGCUCCAAGAGCAGCAAGACGCUCUGCACCAACGUGAAGGCCUGGGUGCGGCCGCACGUCGACCGAUCCCCGCCGUCGCCCAUCGGCAGGGGAGCGGAGCUCCAGCUCAUGCUCGGCGUCAUCGGUGCGCCGCUCGUCCCGUUACCCGUCCAGGCGUAUAAAUCCACCCUCAUCCGCGACAUGAAGGAGGACCCUAUCGAAGUCUCCAUGGCUAAAUAUAUCGUGCAGCAGUACAUCGCGGCGUCGGGAGGGGAGCAAGCUUUGAACGCGAUAAACAGCAUGUACGCCAUGGGGAAGGUCCGGAUGACGGCGUCGGGGUUACCCAAGGGGAACGGCGGCGGCCACGGGGACGCCACCGACGGCAAGAAAGCGAAGAAGUGCGGCGGCGCCGGCGAGAUGGGCGGCUUUGUGCUGUGGCAGAAGAAGCCAGACCUGUGGUGCCUGGAGCUGAUGGUGUCGGGGUGCAAGAUCAGCGCCGGGAGCGACGGCAAGGUGGCGUGGAGGCAAACCCCAUGGCACCAGUCUCACGCCUCCCGUGGCCCACCUCGCCCCCUGCGCAGAUCUCUUCAGGGACUUGAUCCGAGAUGCACGGCCAAUCUAUUCGCCAACUCGGUGUGCCUGGGCGAGAAGACCAUCAACGGGGAGGACUGCUUCGUGCUGAGGCUGGACGCGGAAGCGGCCACCUUGCGAGCCCGAAGCAGCAGCAGCGUGGAGAUCAUUCGGCACACCGUGUGGGGCUACUUCAGCCAGCGGACGGGCCUGCUGGUCCAGCUCGAGGACUCCCACCUCCUCCGGAUCAAGUCCGCCGUCCAGGAGAGCGUGUACUGGGAGACCACCAUGGAGUCGCUCAUCGAGGACUACCGCCCCAUCGACGGCGUCAACAUCGCCCACGCCGGGCGCACCAGCGUGUCCCUGUUCCGGUUCGGCGAGACCAGCGAUGGGCACACGCGGACGCGGAUGGAGGAGACCUGGACCGUGGAGGAGGUGGACUUCAACAUAUGGGGGCUCUCCAUGGACUGCUUCUUGCCUCCGGCCGACCUCAAGGAGGAGAAGGAGGGCGGUGACGUUGGCGGAGUGGCAGCGGCGGCCACCAAGAGUGCGCGUCCACCUUUCAGGGUCCAACAGGCCGUCGCUAGGAUCGGGAUUUCGCAGGUGGCAGCGGUCGACGUAGAUGAAUCGGACUCGACGUCGACGGAGGAGGAGGAUGGGAGCCAAUGACUGCCGCAUCAGUGAAGAGAGUGAUUUGAUCAGUGUAAAUACUGCAUCAAUGUAGACAAAUUUUGGAGUGCUGGGGAUUAUUAUUAGGCGAAGCUCUCCAUCUCUCUCUUCCGGUCUAAUCAAUUUCGGAUGAA